AUGAAAACAUUCCAGGAUUUUUCUCCAUAUAGUGGACUUCAAUGGAGCCCAAACGGUUGAAGGUUCACCCAGAAAAUGAAGAAUGGACGUGUUUUGAACAAUCUGCCAGUCUGGACAUCAAAUCUUUCUUUGGUUUUGAGAGUACAGUAGAGAAGAUCGCCAUGAAACAGUAUGCCAGCAGCAUCAAAAAGGGUAAGGAGAUUAUUGAAUACUAUCUGAGGGAGCUAGAGGAAGAAGGUGUUACCUGUGUACCUCGGUGGAACCCUUGCCUACCAUCACCCACAAAACCUAUGGUGUCAGUUGUUCGCCCUGUGUUGCCUAUCACUCCCGCAAUCACCAUUGAAGCCCCUACUGAGAACAUGAAUGAGACUCAAGUGUGUAAAGAGGGCAGCAGUCCUCCUGGCAGCCUAAAUGAUACCUUGAUAGCCAGUCCAGAUGAUAAACUGGAUGCAGACUACAUCAAACGUUACCUGGGUGACCUCACACCACUCCAGGAGAGCUGUCUCAUUCGCCUGCGCCGCUGGUUACAGGAGACACACAAGGGCAAGAUCCCAAAAGAUGAGCAUAUUCUACGGUUCCUGCGUGCACGGGACUUCAACAUAGAUAAAGCAAGGGAGAUCCUUUGUCAAAGUCUGACGUGGAGGAAGCAGCAUCAGGUGGACUACCUGCUGGACACAUGGAGCUCUCCUCAGGUGUUGCACGAUUACUACACAGGUGGCUGGCACCACCAUGACAAGGAUGGCCGGCCUCUGUAUAUCCUACGACUUGGACAUAUGGACACUAAAGGUCUGGUUCGAGCACUUGGAGAAGAAUCCCUGCUUAGACAUGUGCUGUCUAUCAAUGAAGAGGGUCUGCGACGCUGCGAGGAGAACACUAAAGUCUUUGGUCGGCCAAUUAGUUGCUGGACAUGUCUAGUCGAUCUUGAGGGGCUCAAUAUGAGGCAUCUGUGGCGCCCUGGAGUCAAAGCUCUGCUGAGGAUUAUUGAGGUAGUGGAGGCCAAUUACCCUGAGACUCUAGGCCGUUUGCUUAUCCUCAGAGCUCCCAGAGUUUUUCCUGUCUUGUGGACACUGGUAAGCCCUUUCAUUGAUGAGAAUACAAGAAAGAAGUUUCUGAUCUAUGCGGGAAAUGACUACCAGGGCCCUGGUGGUCUUGUGGACUACAUUGAUAAAGAGAUCAUCCCUGACUUCCUUGGAGGAGAGUGUAUGUGUGAAGUGCCAGAGGGUGGCUUGGUGCCCAAGUCCCUGUACAGAACUGCAGAGGAACUGGAGAAUGAUGAAAUCAGGCUGUGGACGGAGACUAUUUACCAGAGUGCCAGCAUCUUUAAAGGAGCGCCACAUGAGCUACUGAUUGAGAUCAUCGAUGCCUCCUCAGUCAUCACUUGGGACUUUGAUGUUUGUAAAGGUGAUGUGAUCUUCAAUAUCUACCACUCUAAACGAGCUCCGCAGCCACCAAGAAAAGAUCCGUUGGCUACUCAUGGCAUCACCUCUCCUGCAGGCAACAACGUGCAGCUUAUAGAUAAAUCCUGGCUGCUGGGACAGGACUACAGUAUGGUGGAGUCACCACUCACUUGCAAAGAGGGAGAAAGUGUGCAGGGUUCACAUGUGACUCGAUGGCCAGGUUUCUAUAUUUUGCAGUGGAAGUUCCACUCUAUGCCAGCAUGUGCCACCACAAACCUACCUAGGGUGGACGAUGUUCUGGCUACUCUGCAGGUGUCCUCUCACAAGUGUAAAGUCAUGUACUACACUGAGGUUCUAGGCUCAGAAGACUUCAGAACGGCUUGCUGCGAUGUGCAGAGUUUGGGCUCAAUGACCAGUCUGGAAUCUAGCCACAGUGGUUUCUCUCAGCUCAGCGCUGCCACAACAUCCUCCAGCCAAUCACAAUCCAGCUCCAUGAUCUCCAGGUAGAACGGAAAGAGAUUUUAGGCUCUAGAAUGUUAUAGUAUUGCAAGACUCGAUUCUCAAUCAACCCCAUUACUACUCUUCCUAAAAAAGGUAUAAAAGAUAUCCUCACCUCAAAGGAUUUUGGUGACUGUAGUUGUUUUUAAAGGGCUUGAAUCUGCUUUGCCAUAGCGCUCAGUUGGGCUGAAGGUCAGUUCAUAGUCUGACUGUGCUUUGUAUGCAUCUAAAAGAGGUUACUCUUCCAAUGUUCUAAAAUUGGAAAGAGCCUGAAAUUAAGUAACUGAAUGUGUGCAUAUGCCCCCCACACAAAUUUCAAAUACUGCACAUACCUACACAUAUGCACUUAUUUCUGCCAUAUCACUUGGAGCUCAUCCUCGUGGUGAAUUGUUUUUAGGUCAGUGGGUGAGCUUCUGCAAUAACUUAGAAGAAUUUGUAUUAUUUGAAUUUGUAUUUAUCAUAAAAUUUGGAGACUGGAUUAAGUCUUCUUAGGUGCUACAAGCUUGUUUCCUCAGUGUUAGUGUGUGGCUAGACUUUUAGUUUUAACACAGCAAAGUGUUUAGUGAAAUAGUCACAAUACUGCUUUUGUGCUCAUUACUACUAGUGUUGGCUCCAAUUUUGACUUGGUGAAAAACACAUUGAUAUCGAACCUCAGACUCGCUGCUGAUCAGUUCCUAUGCAGUCAGCCAAUCAGUGCUUGGAAGGGUCAUUCAUAUUAAUAGGUCAAAAACAUUUUGAAUGACAGCUUUCCUAGAAGAGAGGCAGUGUACAUUUUGUAGUGAAUUCUAUCAUUGCUUAAAUAGAAUGUCUUGUUAGAUACAAAGGUCUUGAAUCCAAUUGUUUUUAUGGCUCUGUAUUACAAAUGGUAUACGAAAAGUGUGUGUGUGUGUGUGUGUGUGUGUGUGUGUGUGUGUGUAUUUUGCCUCUUUUGGUUGAUAGUUUCUAUUAGAAAAGACUUGGAGUGAAGUUACACAGUCCAGUGAAACAUGCUCCUAAAAGCUCUGUGAAGGCUUACAUAACUUUCUUAUUUGUUCGGGUUAAAAUAUAAAUAAACAUUUAAACAAAAUGCUCAAUAAUUGUCUUUUAGGUGAAAGCAUGUCCAUUAAUCCAGGUGACUUUUUAACACAUUUAACACCAUGCACAAUAAACUGAUUUCAACUGCCUACUAUCCUAAGAGAAUAUGUCUGUGCAUUGUGAGCUUUACCUGAGGACAGUGGAUGUACAUGCUCACAUUUAACUUGGCCCAAUCACUUGCAUGAUGUCAUAGCCCAGUAAUCUGAAGAUACUCCCUGUUCUCCAUUUCUCAGCCUUAUCAGUUCUGAUCUCAUGGACAGGACAUUUUAGGGAAAAGGAGACAACAGCUAGUUUUUACAUUUCUCUCCUAGAUUGUUGAUCAUAAUAUGGUAUAUUUACAAUGUAUUAGUGUUCUGGAAAUCUCUAAAAAUAACAAAGUAAAAGCAAAAAAGUACAAGGAGAAACAAGUAAUACUUUUUGUUUGAUGAACCCCAAAAAGAGGAACACCUUGAAACUUAUAAACGCCCAUGACGCACAUAUUCUGAACCAUGUGGACUUUAAAGUCCCUUUAUUUGUCUACAAGCUGUCAGUCAGGCUUACCUUUCUAGAACUUAAUGGUGUUUAACCAUGCACAUGCUGGUACAUUUGCUUUAAGCUUAGUGUUUAGGGAAAAAUUAAAAGAUUCUAUUUACGUUAGUUUUUUUAAAAUUGAUGCUUUAAUAAUGCAAAAUUCAAUACAAGACCCAUGUAUCAAGUGUAACCAUGUAAUACUUUACUGUGAAGAGAGUUCUGUGUGAUUUGUAUGAACAUAUGGUUGUUGUUUUUUCCCCUCCUUCACUUGUUUCAGUCAUCUAAUGCAGUAUGUCAUUGUUAACUAGUGUGGCAUUUUAAUUUGUGUGUCUGUCGGUUAGAUGAGACCCCUAAUAUUGUGAUAUGCAUCUGCACAGUAAAUAUAUAAGGGUGUGUCCAAAAAAUAAACUCCAACAUUCUCAUUGUGUAAGUUGAGCUUGGAAUGUUUAGAAAAAUAAUCAACCGGCUGAACUAAAUGAAUGAGUGUUUGUGUUUGGAUCUUCUUAGAUUUACAUGAUUUUACAGAAUCUCAGCUUUUCUAUGUAGUGAUAAUGCUUACCAUAAAAACAAUACCAACCUGGAUUAUGUUUGAAUAUCUCUUCCUUUUUAUCUGGUCUCAUUUGUGUUUUGAGGGCUAUUAAAUGUUUGUUUCUGUCUGUUGUUUUCUCCCACUGUAUAUUCUCCUUUAUUCUGAGAUGUUACAUAUCUUUUUUUCCUGACAAAUUAUGUAUGUGAACAAAUUUAAUUAAUAUAAAAAUAUAGCGCAUUUACAUUUUUGAAGUUAUUAAACUUGAAUAAAAGAGAUGCUUAAACUGUU